AUGGGAAUGGAUACCAGCACCAGCAGCUUCGCGAUGAUCCAUUUGGGCGUUUUUAUUCUCCUUCCAUGUCUCAUGGCUACUUCUUCCCAUGACCCCACCAGAUGGGAUUUAGGCAAGGAGAAGUCAUCCCCGCCACUUCGGCUGCUUACACCCAAUUCCCAUCAUGUUAUAUUAGAUAACGGACUUCUGAAGCUUAAACUAUCAACUCCAGCAGGAAUGAUCGUCGCCAUACAUUAUAAUGGCACUCCAAAUUUAUUGGAAUCUGGACUCAAAGAAUCACAAAGAGGGUACUGGGAUCUUGUUUGGAGCAGGUGGCAUGAUCGUCAUAGCGUUUUUGACGUGAUUCAUGGAACAAGUUUUGACCUGAUAUCAAAAGAUGAAAACCAUAUCGAGGUUUCAUUUCUAAAAACAUGGAAAUAUGACAACAAGGAUGAUCCUCCUAUAAAAGUCGACAAAAGGUAUGUAAUGCUAAGAGGAUGUUCGGGUUUUUAUUCGUAUGCAAUAUACCAACACUUGGAAGAGUGGCCGGAUAUCGAUAUUGAGCAAACAAGGCUGGCAUUCAAGCUUGACAAGACUUUGUUUAAUUACAUGGCUAUAUCAGACGAUAGACAAAGGAUGAUGCCAACAGGGAAGGAGCGUGCAAAAGGUCGGAAACUGGACUACCCUGAAGCAGUUCGAUUGCCAAAUAACUUGUCUAAUCCACUUCUUAGAGGAGAGGUUGACGACAAGUACCAGUAUUCAGCUAGCGUCAAGGACAGCCACAUACAUGGGUGGAUUAGUGGCAAACUACGUAUAGGAUUUUGGUUGAUCACGCCGAGUAGCGAGUUUCGUGCUGGCGGGCCGCUCAAGCAAGAGCUUACAUCACAUGUCGGCCCAACCACACUUUCUACGUUUUUCAGUUGUCAUUACACGGGUUCGACUUUGGCUAUAAAACUAAAAUAUGGAGAGUACUGGAAGAAAGUUUAUGGUCCAGUUUUUGUCUACUUAAACUCAGGUUCAGUCGGUGAUGACUAUCGAUCACUGUGGGAUGAAGCAAAGAAGCAGGCAUCUAUAGAAAGGAGAACCUGGCCAUACGAUUUCCCCCGAUCACAAGACUAUCCUCAUGCUUAUCAAAGGGGUACCGUCAUUGGUAGAAUGCUAGUUCAAGACAGGUAUGUGAGCAAAGAAGCUCUCAUAGUAGGAAAUGAUGCUUAUGUUGGCCUAGCUCCAGAAGGAGAAGCAGGAUCAUGGCAAAAAAACUCAAAGGGAUAUCAGUUUUGGAACCAAAGCGAUGACGAUGGAUAUUUUGUAAUUCGGGGAAUCCGAUCGGGGAGCUACAAUUUGUACUACUGGAUUCCUGGAUUUAUUGGCGAUUCGAAAUAUAGUUAUACAAUUCACAUAUCAGAAGGAGACUUCAUUAAGCUAGGUGAUGUCGUAUAUGAGGCACCAAGAAACGGUCCAACCCUCUGGGAAAUAGGCAUUCCUGAUCGCACUGCUGCUGAGUUUUACGUGCCAGAUCCUUAUCCAAAUCUAGUGAAUCAUUUAUUCAUGAAUCACACUAAUGAUAGGUUUAGGCAAUAUGGAUUGUGGGAUCGUUAUACAGAUUUAUACCCUGAAAAUGAUCUUGUCUACAACGUUGGUGCUAGUGAUUACAGGAAAGACUGGUUCUUUGCUCAUGUUAACAGAAAACUAGAAGACGGUAGCUACGGCGCAACUACAUGGAGAAUUGUAUUCAAUCUAACAAACGUUUCCAAUGGAUCCUAUACUCUUUGGCUGGCGCUGGCAACCGCCAAUGGAGCCAGCAUCAAGGUUAACUUUAACGAACAGCCGAACCCGAGAUGGUUGAGCUUCCGAACAGGAUUAAUUGGGAGGGACAACGCGAUUGCAAGACACGGAAUUCAUGGUUUCUACAGAUUGUAUAGCUUCAAUGUACCAAGUUUCUUGCUUGGUAAGGGGGCCAACGUCAUAUCCUUACACCAAGAGAAUGGCAGGGGCAAGUUUUAUGGAGUAAUGUAUGAUUACAUCCGUUUCGAAGGCCCUCCUGAAAUAGACCUAAUUUUCAAUUUAAAAAACUAG